CACAUGAUUUGGACACAAGUAAUCAAUUUGCUCUUCAAUUGUUAAUCGAGAGUCAAACUGUGACUCAAACAUAUCAAAAGUAUAUAAUACUGGCGUCAAUAUUAAGUGCAAUUAUGGCCAUAAUUUUGGUCACUCUUCUGGCGGUCCUUACUUUAAGCUCAGCUUCGCCAUUGAAGAAGGACUAUGUUGGACCUAGAUGUUUUACCGAUUCUUGCAUAUCAUCAGCGGGCUAUCUAUCGAGUUCAAUGGACUUUUCAGUGAACCCUUGCGAUGACUUCUAUCAGUUCUCGUGUGGCAAAUGGCAAGAAGACCAUCCCUUCCCCGCAAACCUCGACGGUUGGGAUUAUUUCCAAAAGCUAUUAUACUCUAUGCGAACAGACCUGAGAAAAAUAUUGGACAACACGACAACCAUUGGAAAAGAUGAGCCAAAAGCUAUGUCUAAAUUGUAUGACUUUUAUAAUGGAUGUGUCGAUGAAUCCAAACGUAAUUCAAAGGGAUAUUCAUCGUUAAUCGACAGAAUUAAAGCGAUCGGUGGCUGGCCUUCAGUGGAUCCCCAAUGGAGUGAAGAGUCGUACGACUGGGAGGAAGCGAUCGUUAAAUUAGUCAAACUUAAUGUUUUCCCUAUCAUUGACUUUCAAGUAGUAAUGGAUGCAAAAGACUCAUCACAUCCUAUGAUUGAAAUAUUUCCCAAUUUGGGACCGGAAGACACUAUAUUUAUUCCGGACAUUAAUUUUGUGCACAAAUUCCCGGAAAUUAUUCGCACAACUGAAAAGAGAGCGCUGGCCAACUAUUUCGCAAUAAUAACCAUCACAAAUCUGGGUGAACACACAACGACCAAGAUGUAUGAAUUUAUUAAUGAUGAGAAAUUAGACGCACCGGAAAUACUGCCAAACAUAUGUUACGGCUAUUUGAAGGACUUGUUGCCCGAUCUGUUGGGCCGUCUCUUUGUGGACAAAUAUUUUAGCCCCAAAUACGUGCGCGAAAUGAAUGGAUUAACACAAUUAGUUCAAAAGUCAUUUUUAAAAUCCAUUACUGAAAAUGAAUGGAUGGAUACACAGACAAAGGCAGAGGCGAUGAAAAAAGUGGAUUAUAUUAAACAUAAGGUCGCUUAUCCCGAGUGGACAAUGCGUGACCAUUUGCUUCAAGAAUAUUAUCAAUCGUAUAACGACAUAUCGAUCGACAACUACUUUACAUCGGCGGCCAAUGUUAUGGAAGCGAAGCAAAUGCAAGAUCUCUCGCAAAUUAAUAGUAAUUUUGCCGCUAAAUCAGAGCUACAAAUCAUAGAUAACUGGUCGUCAAAGAGUGCCUUCGAUGUGAACGCAUUCUACAUAUUCCAGGAAAACGCUAUU